AUGGUCCUUCCGAAGAGCAAAAACAGCGUGGGGCUGGGCAACAGCCUCAUGAAUGAUCGUUUCGGACGAGGCAAAGGUUCGGACCGCAAGAAAGUGUCUCAACAAGGAGUAGUUAGGACAGACCACACAACAGGCCAAACAUAUGUAACAAAUGCUGCAAAGGAAGCAUCAUGGGUGAAAAUGCGCAGCGUUACCGAACAGGGUGCCCUCGACGAAUUUCUUUCUACCGCCGAACUGGCUGGCACAGACUUCACCGCGGAGAAGAUGAAUAACGUCAAAAUUAUCCAUUCGGACCAAAGAAACCCUUAUCUGUUGAGUGCGGCGGAGGAGAGGGGUGCGAGGAAGAAACAUGCUCAGAAUAAGGGAAGGUUGACGGUGCCCAGGAGGCCGAAAUGGGACGAGACAACAACCCCCCGGCAGCUUGACGAACAGGAAAGGGCGAGUCUGCUGGAAUGGAGACGGGGGCUUGCCGAACUUCAAGAGAAUGACGACUUGCUUAUGACACCGUUCGAGAGGAACAUUGAAGUAUGGCGACAACUGUGGCGAGUAAUCGAGCGGUCCGAUCUAGUGGUACAGAUUGUUGAUGCUCGGAACCCACUCCUAUUCCGAAGCGAAGACCUUGAGAAAUACGUCAAAGAGGUUGAUGCAAAAAAGCGAAAUUUGUUGCUGGUCAACAAGGCGGAUAUGAUGACUGAAGAGCAAAGAAGUGCAUGGGCGGACUAUUUCCACAAGCAAGGCAUCAAUUACAAAUUCUUCUCGGCUCACUUGGCCAAGGAGAUGAAUGAAGGAAGAGAUGCCCUGGAAGAGCUUGAUGCACGGCAGAUCCAGCAGCAGAUUGAUCGCACUUCGCCCGAGAAGGCGAUGGUGAAGAAUGUUCAAGAUCUAAACUUGAAGGACGAAGAGGGAGAAGAAUGGACCGACGAAGAGGAGGAUGGAGAGUCGGAAGGUAAAGAAUCACAGUUUGAAGGUCCAGAGGUCGGCUUGCGACUCGAAACUUCAGCCUCGUCACAUCCUGACACUCAAAUCCUCACUGUCGACGAGCUCGAAUCCCUCUUCCUCGAAAACAUUCCCAAGGAUUCCACAGCAGCUGACAGAAAGACGACCAUCGGCCUAGUUGGCUAUCCGAACGUUGGCAAGUCCUCCACCAUCAACGCCCUCCUCGGUUCCAAAAAAGUAUCCGUCUCCUCCACCCCUGGCAAGACAAAACACUUUCAGACAAUCCAUCUUUCAGACCGCGUCAUACUCUGCGACUGUCCCGGGUUAGUCUUUCCGAAUUUCGCAACCACAAAAGCCGAGCUGGUCUGCAAUGGCGUGUUGCCGAUCGAUCAAUUGAGAGAGUACACUGGUCCCGCCGGGCUCGUUGCGCAACGCAUUCCCCAAGCAUUUCUCGAAAACGUGUAUGGGAUGAAAAUUCACAACCGGCCCCUGGAGGAAGGUGGCACCGGCGUGCCCACCGCGUCAGAAAUGCUAAGGGCGUACGCUCGCGCAAGGGGAUUCGCUACAACGGGACCGGGAAGUCAACCAGACGAGUCACGCGCAGCGAGAUAUAUCUUGAAGGACUAUGUGAACGGGAAAUUGCUUUACUGCCAUCCUCCACCGUCGGGGGACCCGGAGACGGACACGGAGGCCUAUGGAAAAGAAUUCAAUGAGAAGCUGUACGAUUUCGCGCAUUUGCCUGCAAAGAGACAGGCUUGGUUGAUCGCGCACUCUGAAGAGUCAGGACUUGCAGAAGCGGAGGUCGAAGGACCAUCGAACCCACUCCUCCAGCACCGUGCACCCGCCGCCCCUGUGGAGAAGGGCACCAGGGCGAAGCAACUGGAUAAGGGCUUCUUCGGUCCCGGGUCCGGAAACGCAGGACAUCUGACUAUGCCCUUCAACCACCAAUACACGGAACAAGGAAAGCAGCAGCUACAGCAGAAGCAGCUGACGGGCCGCAAGGCGAAGAUGAUGGCGGCGCUGGAAAAGGACGUCGAUCCCGCCGAACUAAGGAUGAGCAACAACAACAACAAGAAGCACUUCAAGGGUGCGCGGAGGAAAGCCAGGGCCGUUAGGGCCGGUAAAGACGACGACGACGACGACUGA